CCCAGCAACAACUUUCCCCUCCUUUGCGAUUCCCAAUCAAAAAAUCCCUCCAGGUUCUCCACUGACCAAUGGGUAAGCGGAAAGCAGGGUGGGGGAAGGAAGCGCCAAUUCAAUGCGUCUAUGCGCUCCUUCUCUCUUCCCCCCCCCGACAAGAUGGCGACUACUGCUUUGUUUCUAGUUCUUCGCCGAGUAAUGGAUGUUUGAGCCGGGGGGAAGAGAGGGCGAGCUGGGACAGCGGCGACUGCUUUGUGUGAUUGAGGGGACGGUAGACAUCAAAACGUGGGGCAACACGGCUAUCUCAACCCGUCCGUAAAGCGUCGGGUUAGCUGCCUCGUUUUCGUGUGAGGAGCUUCUUCUCACCUCUGUGUCUCUCCUGUCCCUCCUCCCUCCUGCAGGCUGCCCGGGGAAUGGCAAAGCGCCGGUGAGAGUGGCCGAGCGGCGGGUCGGGGCCUGUGAGAGAGAUGACAGCGGAGCCCAUGAGUGAAAGCAAGUUAAAUACAUUGGUGAAGAAACUUCAUGAUUUUCUAGCUCACUCCUCAGAAGAAUCUGAGGACACAACUUCUCCAACAAGACAGUCUGUGAGCAGAAGUGCAGCUAAAGUCAAGUCUGUACACCGACUGCAUCCAAUGGAAAACAACAUGGAUGAGGGAAGUACUUCUGAAAAACUCAAGUCCUUGGGAUCAUCUCGUUCAAAAAGGAAACCCUCAUUUGUCCAAAAAUAUGUUGGGUCAGAUGAAGAGACUGUGCCAGAUGAAGUUGUCAAUUUAGAUGGGUCUAAUGAGAAUUCUGAGAAUGAAGUUGAUAUGGAAAGCUUGCCCAUAGGUACAGUGGUUGUACAACCAGAACCUGUCUUAAACGAAGAUAAAGAUGAUUUCAAAGGACCAGAGUUUCGAAGCAGAAACAAACCUAAACCAGAUAUUACUAUACCUAAGAAACGCACAGAGGAUGGACUUCAUGGUAUUGUUAACUGCACAGCCUGUGGCCAACAAGUAAAUCAUUUUCAGAAGGAUUCAAUUUAUCGACAUCCUGCUUUAAAAGUGCUGAUAUGUAAGGCAUGCUAUAAAUAUUACAUGAGUGAUGACAUAAACCGGGAUGCAGACGGAAUGGAUGAACAGUGCAGAUGGUGUGCUGAAGGAGGAAACUUGAUUUGCUGUGAUUACUGUCAUAAUGCCUUUUGUAAGAAGUGCAUUCUACGAAAUCUAGGGAGAAAGGAACUGUCUGCUAUUAUGGAUGAAGAAAUGAAGUGGGAGUGCUACAUUUGCCGACCAGAACCUUUACUGGACUCUGUAACUGCAUGUGACAGUGUGUUUGAAAAUUUAGAGCAAUUGUUACAACAAAACAAGAAGAAAAUGAAAUCAGACAAUGAAAAAAACAAAUCAAAUGAGCACUCCCAAAAUGAUUCUGAUAAAAGGAAUUCAAGCUACAAUGGACAGGGCAAAAAUGUAGGUGAUGCACAUGCCGGUACUUUAACGUAUUCUUAUAGAGCCCUUAUGGUGCCAAAGGAGAUGCUCAAAAAAGCGAAAAAGCUUAUUGAGACAACAACUAGCCUGAAUGCAAGUUUUGUAAAGUUUAUGAAACAAGGAACUGCGAACAAUGAAUUGAACCCUGCUGAAAAGUUAAGACAGCUGAAAGCAUUUAAAUCUGUCCUGGGUGACUUAAAGAAAGCCCAUGAGGCUUUGGAGGAAACAUUAAUGGAAGAGAUUCAUUCAGUUGACGAGCAAAAGAAAUCUAAGAAAAGCAAAGAGACUACGAGUGAGAAUAAACAUGCAAAGGAGAAGAAACUUGGUGAAGAAAAGCAGAAAGAACCCAAGAAAAUAGUUGCACGUGAAAAAGCAAAACCUUCAGAUUCUGACAAUAAGCAAAGGGAUUGUGACAAGAAUGCCUCUAACGAUACAGAGCAGGCUGAAGAAGCGUUGAUACAGAAUGGGAAAAAUGUAGAUCUUACUGAAGAAGAUACAAUAAAGAGUGAACCCUGUUCAGCUGCUGCUGACGUUACAGAGGUUUUGGCAACAGAUGCAGAGGGUACAGAUAUAAGUGUCGUCAUGGAGGAGGCAGAUGAAAAUGUUGAUGGAAAAAAUGAAAAAGCAACAGUUGAGAGUGAUGAUAAUGAAGGUAAGCAAAAAUCCCAGAAAAAGAAGCAGAAGAGUAUGCAUGACAAACCUAGGGAAAACUCACCUGGUAACAGAAAGAAGAGUGUAGAUUCACCUAAGAAAGAACGGGAGUCUGUGCUUCCUGAAAAGACUAAAGAGAAGAAAAGGGCUGAUCAGUGCACUGAGUCUUCUAAAUCUGGGAAGUCGCGCACACCACAAAAGAAAUCCAAAAAUGCAGAGGCGACAUUUGAGCCCAAUUCCACUGAAGCUCUUGAUAUGGACAUUGUUUCAGUCCCAUCUUCUGUGCCAGAGGAUAUAUUUGAUAGCUUGGAUGCAUCAUUAGAGCAGCAAAAUUCUUUGCAAGAUUCUGUAACGAGUACUGCAGUAUCUACACCAAAGUGCAAGGAAGAACUAAAGCCACUGGUCAAGAAGCAGUUGAUUGUGCAGCUGACACCAGUGUCUCUAUCCAAUUCCCCAGUGAAAGCAGACAGCAAUAGUGCAGGCAAAUCGCCAAAGGCUGACAUUGGUAGUGAUGCUGAAACGGAGGCGCAGAAUCAAAAUAGUGCUUCAUGUGAUGAAGUCCUUGAGAACUCAUCGGAGAACGAUCUAGAGGAAUCUGCUCUCAGGAGAUCACCUCGCGUAAAAACUACUCCAAGGAGGCGACAAACUGAUGCAAAUUCUGCAGCCUCAAAUACAGAAGAAGAGAGCAAUGACACAGACAAAGAGAAAAAAAGCAAAAGGGCAGCAUGUUCUAAAGAAAAACGGAAUUCUACAGCAAAGCAUAGCCCUGCAGAAAGUGGGGAGAGCCCCAAAGCAAAAAGAUCAUUAGCAAAAAAGAUGCAGGCACAAGUGAAUAAGAGUACUUCUGAUUCAGAUGAGGUUCCAGAAGUACUUAAAAAGGCAGCCCUUAUGAGUAACAGCUCCUCAGAGCUUGAUAGCAGUAAUGAGGCAAACAGUGGUAAAAGGACUUCUAAUCGUCAAGAUAAAACAGCAAAAGGUUAUUCUAAGAGAAAAAGAAGUAGCUCAAGUUCUGGUUCUGAGCCAGCCAAAAGGACAACUAGAAACUCAACAGCUGCCAAAAAGAAACGUGGGGACCAAUCGGACACUUCAAAUUCUGAGCUGGAGAAGGAAGUAAAAAAACUCGGUAAAAAAGAUUCUGUCAGGAAGGGCUUAAAGCAGAAAUCUAAGAAAAAGGAAGAAAACAGUGAGUCCUCUGAUGAAAAGAAUCAAAAUAGAUCCCAGAAAGCCAAAAAAUCCAAAAGAGUGAGAACACCUGCCUCUAAUAAGAAGGAAUCCUCAUCCGACCUUUCUGAAGAAGAGCAAGAAAAUAGCCACAAUUCAGAUGAAGACAGCGAUGAACAAAAGAUCAAACCAUUAGUGGAAAAUGAAGUUGUAUCUGCCACAGGAUUUGUUCAAUCAUCAGGUGAUGAAGCAGGUACAAAAUGUGGGGCAGCUCCUACUGAGGAGGAUGAUGACGAUGAUGAUGACCCUGAGAAUAGGAUUGCCAAGAAAAUGCUUCUGGAAGAAAUCAAAGCCAAUCUGUCUUCAGAUGAUGUGGAAGAAGCAUCCUCUGAUGAAGAGCCAGAAGAAGGCAAAAAAUCUGUGGCAAAGUCAACUACAAAAACUGAAGAUAAGGAUGUUAAUGAGGAUGAUAAGUCCGAUUCAGAUUCAGACUCUGACUCUGACUCUGAUUCAGAGUCUGAGAAAAAACCAAGAUAUAGACACCACCUUUUGCGCCGCAAGAUAAGUUUAAGCGAUGGAGAUUCUGGAGAAGAAAAAGAGAAAAAAGACAAAGCUAAGAACUCAAAGAACGGAAAGCGUCGAAACAGACGGAAAGUGAGCAGUGAGGAAUCGGCCUCUGACUUCCAUAAAUCAUCUGGGGUUAGCGAGGAAAUUUCAGAGAGUGAUGAUUCAGAUGAUCAGCGGCCCAGAACAAGAGCUGCAAAGAAAGAAGCCGAAGAGAACCAGCGUAGCUACAAGCAGAAAAAGAAGAGAAGGCGAAUUAAAGUCCAAGAUGACUCCAGUGAUAGCAAGAGUAAUAAGGGUAAUUCAGAGGAUGGAGACCAUGAUGAGGACUCAGACUCCAAAUCACCUGGUAAGGGCAGGAAGAAGAUUAGGAAGAUUAUUAAAGAUGACAAGUUGCGAACAGAAACACAGAAUGCCUUGAAAGAGGAAGAGGAGAGAAGGAAAAGAAUAGCCGAGAGAGAGCGAGAACGAGACAAACUAAGAGAGUUACAGGUCGUUGAUACUGAAGAUGUCUCGCCUGUAAAGUGUCCAGUCACUACUAAACUAGUGUUGGAUGAAAAUGAAGAAACAAAAGAGGCUUUGGUGCAGGUUCACCAAAAGAUGGUUACAAAGUUGAAACCGCAUCAGGUAGACGGUGUUCAGUUCAUGUGGGACUGUUGCUGUGAGUCUAUGAAAAAGACUAAAAAGGACCCUGGUUCUGGCUGUAUAUUGGCUCAUUGUAUGGGUCUUGGCAAGACUUUACAGGUUGUGACUUUCCUGCACACUGUUCUUCUGUCUGAGAAGCUGGAUUUCAGCACUGCUCUUGUGGUGUGUCCUUUAAAUACUGUUUUAAAUUGGCUCAAUGAAUUUGAGAAGUGGCAGGAUGGCAUGGACGAUGAAGAGAAAUUGGAGGUCUGUGAACUUGCUACAGUGAAGCGUCCUCAGGAAAGGUCAUACAUGAUGCAACGCUGGCAUCAAGAAGGAGGAAUCUUAAUAAUUGGAUAUGAAAUGUACCGAAACCUUACUCAAGGGAGGAAUGUAAAAAGUAAAAAGUUGAAAGAGAUUUUUCACAAGACCCUUGUGGAUCCAGGACCUGACUUUGUGAUAUGUGAUGAAGGACACAUCCUCAAAAAUGAAUUGUCAGCCAUUUCUAAGGCCAUGAAUUCCAUAAAGACAAGAAGAAGAAUCAUACUUACAGGAACCCCACUGCAAAAUAAUCUUGUAGAAUAUCACUGCAUGGUCAACUUCAUCAAGGAAAACCUACUUGGUUCCAUUAAGGAAUUCAGAAAUCGUUUCAUCAAUCCCAUCCAGAACGGACAGUGCGCCGACUCUACCCUAGUUGAUGUCAGAGUGAUGAAAAAGAGAGCUCACAUCUUGUAUGAAAUGUUAGCUGGCUGUGUUCAGCGAAGAGAUUAUACUGCACUAACAAAGUUCUUGCCACCAAAGCAUGAGUAUGUAUUGUCUGUCAGAAUUUCCCCACUUCAGUGUAAGCUUUACCAAUACUAUCUGGACCACUUAACAGGAGCUGUUGGUGAAGGAGGUGUAAGAGGAAAAUCUGGAACAAAACUUUUCCAGGAUUUCCAGGUCUUGAGCAGAAUCUGGACUCACCCUUGGUGUUUGCAGCUGGACUAUAUUAGUAAAGAAAAUAAGGGUUACUUUGAUGAAGACGACAGCAUGGAAGAGUUCAUAGCUUCCGACUCUGAAGAAUCCUCCAUGAGUCUGAGUUCUGAGGAAGAAGUUGUUAAUAAAAAGAAGGCCAAGGGAAAAGGCAAACGGGAGAACAGCUCAAGUGAAGAAGAAAGUGACAAUGAUGUUGAAGUUAUUAAGGUGUGGAAUUCAAGAUCUCGAGGCGGCAAAGGAAAAGAUCUGAAUGAUGAAGAGGCCUCAAACAGCCCUGUAGUUCCUAAAGCUGAAGAAACAAAAGCAACAUCCUCUUCCACACCUGGAAGCCCAGCAGCUGACUGGUACAAGGAUUUUGUUACUGAAGCAGAUUCAUCUAUCAUGGAGCAUUCUGGAAAAAUAAUGCUUUUGUUUGAGAUUUUGCGCAUGGCUGAGGUGUUGGGUGACAAAGUUUUAGUUUUCAGCCAGUCUCUCAUAUCUCUGGAUUUGAUAGAAGAUUUUCUGGAAUUGGCAAGUACAGAGAAAAAUGAAGAAAAUGCAUCUGAAAAGCCAGUAUUUUACAAAGGGGAUGGGAAGUGGUUUAGAAAUAUCGAUUACUAUCGUUUAGACGGCCAAACCUCCCCUCAAACACGUAAAAAGUGGGCAGAGGAGUUCAAUGAUUCGACCAAUAUAAGGGGCCGUCUGUUCCUUAUUUCUACAAAAGCUGGAUCCCUGGGUAUUAAUCUUGUUGCUGCUAAUCGUGUGAUAAUCUUUGAUGCAUCAUGGAAUCCAUCCUAUGAUAUCCAGAGUAUCUUCAGGGUGUAUCGAUUUGGACAGAUAAAGCCUGUAUUUGUCUACAGGUUUUUAGCCCAGGGCACCAUGGAAGAAAAGAUAUAUGACAGGCAGAUCGCCAAACAGUCCCUGUCCUUUAGAGUUAUUGAUCAACAACAAAUAGAACGUCACUUUACAAUGAAUGAACUGACUGAACUUUACACCUUUGAGCCUGAUCUGCUGGAUGACCCUAAUUCCGAAAAGAAGAAAAAGCGAGAGACUCCCAUGCUGCCUAAGGAUACUGUGCUAGCAGAGCUCUUACAAAUCUUGAAGGAGUACAUAGUCACUUAUCAUGAGCACGACUCUCUUCUGGAUCAUAAGGAGGAAGAGGCCCUUACAGAAGAGGAUCGGAAGGCAGCAUGGGCAGAAUAUGAAGCUGAAAAGAAGGGUUUGACCAAUCGUUUUAACGUGGCAGCAGUAACUGGGGCCAACUACGCUCAAGUCAAUAUAAACUCGCAAUCUUCAUACAUGCCUUUAAACUUGGGAGCGCUGUCUUCUUUAUCCAAUCAGCAACUCGAGGAUUUAAUAAAUCAAGGCAGAGAAAAAGUGGUUGAAGCUACAAAUAACAUAGCAACUGCAAGGAUUCAACCCCUUGAAGACAUUAUCUCGACAGUGUGGAAGGAAAAUCCGACUGCCACGGAGGCCCAAGUUCAGUCCCUUGCCCUAAGCAGGCAGUCGAGCCAAGAAUUGGAAAUAAAGAGACGUGAGGCCAUUUAUAACGACGUACUGACUAAGCAACAGAUGUUGAUCAGCUGCGUGCAGCGAAUUCUCAUGAGUCGAAGGUUACAGCACCAAUACAACCAGCAACAGCAGCAGCAACAAAUUGUUUUUCAACAGCAAGCAGCUCUGAAUCGCCUGAUGAUGCAGAAAAAUCCAAAUAUUAUAAUAUCCCCUUCUAACUUUUCUCAAAUUGACAUGAGAGGAAUGUACCAAGCUGGGAUGCAAGGUCAUCAGAUGCAGCGUAAUGCACCCGCCUCUAUAAGAGCAAAAAAUCCAGGACCUUCCCAGGGAAAAAAAAUGUGAUAUUGCACUAAAACCUUAUAGGGACUGCUUUAUUCAAAAUUUUUUUUUUUUUAUGUGUAGGAAUCUAAGGCUUACAAUAACUCAGCUAUAUUAAAAAAAACAAAGUUUGGUUUGUUCCCUUUAAAUGCCAAACUGUAUUCUGUGUAAGCUUUGCAUUGUACUUAAUUUUGUUUUAGUCCUUUGUUUAUGCUCAAGAAGUAACGGCAAGGCUGCACACAACUUCCUUACCCCCUCUGUGCAGAAGAAACGUUAAGGAAAAAAACGCCUUCCGUAAUCGGCUGCUGGAGCCGGCACACGCUUCGCCUCUUUUGUUUUUCGUCCAGCCCUGAUUGCGUCACAGAAGCAGAGCUCCUGAUAUUUUUAUUUGUGUAUCCCUCAAUGGCCAGCACAAAGCAAAUGCAGCUGUCGGAGGGCAAUGGCAGCGUAUACGGUUACGCCACCUUUUUGGCAACAGACUCUGCACCGUUUUCAUAGAGUGUUUGCACUCGUGCUAGAGUCGGCGUCUGCUCUCUUGAUGUCUCUGCCUUUGAAUUCCUGUGGAUCAUAACUACUGACUUACCUGUUGUAGAGUUGUUUCAAUCCAUUCUUACAAUACAGGUACAGAUUUCUUUUUUUUAAAAAAAAAAACAAAAACGCAUGCACAUUUUAUUUUUGUUUGCUGCUUUAAUAGUAACACUUUAGCCUGUUGUUACCGAUGAUCUUAGCAUUCACAUUGGAUUCCGAAACUUUCUACUUUUUAAAAUUCCUUGAAGUAUAGCUGGGGGGAGGGGUUCUAACUGCCGCUUAUCAGCAAUGUACACGUGACUGUCUGCUUUUUGUGGAUCUUUAGAUUUAUACCGUUUUGUCAUCCUCCCCGUGCCUUUGUAAAUAUAGUAGUCUUUUUUUUUAUUUAAUAUUUUUUCAUUUCCUGGAAGCUUUUCCUGCCCUCAGCGUCAGACUUGGCCUUCUAGGGCCACCAGGGUACCUGACAUCCAGUUUCCUCUCUUAACAACUGUUCGAAUGUACUAAAUGGUAUUGGUGUGAUAUGACUAUGUUGAAAAUAAGAGAGGCGAUCGGACUUGUCCUACAGUGGGAUUUUGGGCCCACCGGGACUUUCCCUGGUAUCCAGGCAGCCCAGUCCGGCUCUACCCUCAUUGAAUAGAAACAGCAAAACAAAUAUUACCACAAAGCAUGAUAUCGAUAUUUGCAAAUACUGUAUUAUCACAUCUGUAUAAGUGUGAUGAGAAAACAUUUCCAAGCUUAUGUUUUAAUUAACACACACAGUUACCCCACAUUUUUGUUAGGCACAUUACCCUAUGUUAAAGAAACCAACUUGAGCACAGCCAAACCAGUUGUUUUGAAUUCACGCAGCAAUACUUGAUUGUCAGACUGAUGGUUUGCCUUAAAGAAAGGGGGGUUUUUAAGACUGAUGCCAUACCUAAUCUACAUCUUGCUUUAAGGCCAAGUGAUACAAAGUACAGGAUGCAUCUAAAUAAAGUGUUGGAACUGAAAUGCAUUUCACAAGUGGAAGUGAUUUGGCACAAUGUUUUCAAUUUUUUUUCCUGGGGUAACGUGCCAGAACUGAUAGUACAUACACAUGUUUGCAGAAUAUCACUCAUUAAUACAAAGAUCUGUAUUCUGUCUUUGAAGAGACAAUUCUGACAUUUCAUAUUUGUAGUAAGCCAUACUGUGUAAACUUCUCUCAUAAACUGGAAAGCUUUCAGCUAAAAGCUGACAAAUGGUAAGUCGUGCUUUUCUUUACUUGACCUAUGUACAUUGAGGGUCGAUACAGCAAUUUGACAGUUUUAUCAGAUAGUGGGGGAAGAGUGCAGUCGUAGUUGUGCAGUUUUUCUAGCAUUGUAUAGUAAAACUCUAAUAAUGAUAUAUAUAAAUUGAAUGUGCUUAUUAUUUAGCCCCCUAGAUGUGUUUUGGAGAACAUAUAAUGUGUGGCAGUGACCCAAAAGUCUAUCCUAGGUUGCUAAUGCACAAAAAGUGAUUUCAUUUUUUUACUGAGACUAUGUAAAGUCAUUUUUCUUUACCUAGGAUACUAUACAGCUUUACUUUACUUUAUAGGACUGUGCUCGUUACAAAGAAGCUUUGAUUUAGAGUUGUAGUUCUGAUUUAAAUUAGCCUGGUGACCCCUCUCUGGUUUGCUGGGGUUCCGGGCACAUGAGAAUGAGAAAAACUUUUGGCCAAUGUGGGUUUAAUGAGAGAAUAUAUAUCAUGGCAUAUGACUGGCAAGCAACUUUGUGCUGUCUUUUUUUUAGCCAAUACUGGUAAAUAACUUUUUCCUUGUGAUCCCAGCCAAUAUCUGUGUACUAUGGUUAUUGGGAAGGGUUGUAAAUUUCAUCUGCUGACACACACUCUGUUGCUAUCCACCAAUGAGGGAGUGAAGGGGGGCUGCGGCUACUCUUCCCUUCUUGUUCUGAUCAUUCUGGUGAUUGGGUCAAAUGAUCAUAGCAAUAGAAAAGUGGCCAAUACCAUACAUGCCCUCUCAUAUGGUAUCCACAUGUUUGACUCCUGGCCCAUCCUAUGCGAUCGGCCUGUGUAUGGCCAUCAGUAUUUUCCUCUGACUAGUUAUGUACUGCAUUAAGUUCUUGGCAGAAGCCAUAUUUGGUUCAUAAAUGUCAUAUUGGGGCUCACUAAUCCAUUUCCUGCUAUUGCUAAAUUGAGGAGACAUAUGUUAAUAUCCAGGCAUAGCCAAAGUUUUAGAUUAAUCAUUUCACCCCUCUUUCUUUUUUCACUUUUUUUCUUGAUAUAUUUGUUUGGAGGAAAAAAGUUGUCCAGCACUGUCCUAAACAGAAUAUAAACAUUUAUAAAUCAAUAUAAAGCUUAUUGAGUGCAGCGACAGGUUCAGUAACUCUACCAAUGUGCCUGCUCAUGAGACAUCACCUCUAGGCCACAUGCCUAUUGGCAGCAUGGCACAGUCAACUUCAGGGUUGCCCACCUGGUCACUAUUUCACCUAAACAGAAAUCAGAAAAUGAAAGUGGGUUCACCUUCCAAAUCCUGGUUCUUGGCGGAGGAGGAGAUGGUGGUGGUAGUUAAUUAGAUUACCAGUGCAUAGCUAAAGCCCCUCUACCCAUGGAACUCCUAUAAAUCAGAGGGAGACACAGCCAAGGGUGAUAGGAAGGGAAUCCCUAUCAAGCCCAUUAUAAGAGAGUCUAAUAACCAAAAUGCUAAUGUUUUUUGAUACACAGGAACCAUGAAUAUCUUGUAAAUUAUAUCUGUAUAAACAUUGCUCGGUGAUGUAAUUUGUCACAUGACUCGCUGAAACUUGUGUAUUGUAACUAUUACUGCACCCCCUGUUGUAAAAUAUGAAAACAUUAUAGGUUACCUUGGGGUAGAUGACUUGAAGAAAAGUUUUAUAUACUUUAUUUGGUUGUGGAACUCCUCGUUGACUUAUAAUAUCCUUAUGUCUUACAGUAUGGGGGUACAUUAUUCUCUAUAUAAUAAAGAAAAAUAAGAAUAGGCAGAACUUCUUAGUCAGCAUAAGUUCUAUUUACUUUGCGUAAGUAUCACCCAUUUAACUUCUGGAAAAUUUAUAAAUAUCUACCUGGAAAUACCUUAUGUUCUGCCCACAAGUGGAAUUUUCACAAAAAUUUAGGAAUUUAUCAAAACCAAUUUAUAUAGGAGCAGAGGUUUCUUGUAUUAUGUUGUCUUUUAAGUUGUCUUUAUAACUUUAAAGCUUUGUGCAUUGCCUUAUGUACCCAUACAGUGAAUUCAUGGCCAUUAAGGGUCCACCGUAGAUUCUGUGUUUGAUAGACAAAUAUAUAUCUUCUUCAGAUGCUCUUGGUUUGCUGAUAUUUUUCAAUUAUUGAACAAAAACCAACCUCAUUGGCUGCAUUACAAAUGAGGGGGAAAAGAAAAAGUUGCCCCCAAAAGAGCCACAAUAACUUCCUCUUAGAUGGGACAAUGUUUCCCAGUUCAUGUCUCAGACUGGCGCAAGAAGUGGCUAUGCAUCGUGGACCAUUUCCCUGUCAUUUGGCAUUCUGUUCCUUACUUAGUUCCUAUUAUGCAGCUUGAACCAGUAUGGCCGACUACAACAUCAGCUCCAUGUGGGAAGGCUUCUCUGGCUUUCUUUUGUUCGUUUUUUUUUUUUUUUAACGUUCAUUGUUUUCCCUUAUUUUAGAUGUUUUACCGAGUUGCAAUAGCUUUAAGCACAGUUAAACCCACUUGCUUGUAUUCCGAGUUCUGCCUGCUCAAUUCUCCUCCAUCUCAGCUCUGUUACUUUGGAUGUAAAGCGCUUUUUGCCUCUGUAUUUGUGAUAUUGUACAUGUUUGUCUCAGUUGUAAAGUAUUUUACAGUCCAUUUAUAACCAGCUUUGGCUGCUGAAAUCAUACAGCUGUGAAGAUAUAUGCCUUCUUUUACUUUAUGCUUUUCAUUUCUGUAUUCAAUAUCUGAAGUACUGUAGAAAUAAUGUCAAACCCCCCCAAACCCCUCCCCCGAGGCUGUUUUUUCGUUUUUGUAAUAUACUGAAGGACUGAAAUUGUGUUUUUAAUGAACGAGCAUAAAAGUAUGGAAAUAUACUCUGUGUUUUCACCAUUCAAAGUGCUGUUUAGUAGUUGAAAGUUUAAAAAAUUAUAUUUAAUAUCUCAUUUAAUAAAGUGACCAAAAUUA